AUGACUAGCGUCUCCCAGCCCAUUGCAUUGAUCUAUCGAGGUCCUGCUACUACCGAAGACUGUCCAGAAGCUGUAGCAGCACUUCUUCAAGACACAUAUCAGGUUAUCUAUGUUGGACCACAAGAAAAAGUAGACGUAAAUGAAACAUCAUUAUCUACAGCGAAACUAUACGUUCAGCCGGGUGGUGAUGAUCUUGAAGAAAGCUGGCCACAUGUUUGUAAAUACGCUCCAGCUAUUCGUGAAUAUGUGAAGAAUGGCGGAAGAUAUCUUGGUAUUUGUCUUGGUGCAUAUUUAGCUGGAAGUGAACCAGGCUUCGAUCUUCUCCCUGGUUCGGGAGACACCGAUCAAUAUAUUACGUCGAAAGAUGCAGUUGUUACCAGUGAAAUCGAUACUGUAGUGCCUCUUCUGUGGCGACAGAAACUAAGGCAUGUCUAUUUUCAAGAUGGAACACGUUUUGAUCUCGAUCAAACAGCAGCACCCACAGAAAUUUUGGCAACUUAUAUGAAUGGUGAAAUUGCAGCAGCUGUGCAACAUUAUGGCCAAGGACGUGUAGGUAUGAUUGGACCUCAUCCAGAAGCUGACGAAGAAUGGUAUGCUACGCAUAGUUUGAAAAAUCCAGAUGGCAAGAUGAGCUUUGAUCUUUUCUAUGAUCUUAUAGAAACAUUGAUGAAAUCGUAA